ACCCAGGACUUUGUGUGUGUGUGUGUGUGUGUGUGUGUCUGAAAGAAGCCACGGAACCCUGGUUUUCGAGGUUGUUUUCUGUCUUCUUUAUGUGUAAAGAACAUUCAGAUGAUGCCACUCACGUGGAUGACUUUGUGCCUGAUUCCUUUGACUGCAGUUGUGACAUUAGCUGCUGUGACUCCAGACCCUGAGCUCUUCAUUCUGACGGGUUCUGAAGGUCCGGUCUCGGCUCCAGAAGGAUCUUCUGUCACUAUGCCCUGUGGACUCUCCCCUUCCUCUAGUGCAGUACCUCUGCAGGUGCGCUGGCACCGGCCCAAUGCGUUCAGAACCCCGGUUCUGCUGUAUGAUAACCGACGGGUCCAGGGGGAACCUGCAGACCCUCGGUACCGGGGCCGGGUCUCUCUGGUGGGGGAACUGGAGAAGGGGAACGUGUCCCUCAGACUGGAGAACCUCACUCUGGAGGACAUGGGGGAUUAUGUGUGCUACGCUAAGAGCAUCAAAUGGUACAAUGAAUUCAGCAUCAGGCUCAAAGUGAGAGUCCAAGGCAAUACUCCAGUUGUCUCAUCGACUGAAGGAGGUGCAGGACAGGUGAUUGUUACCUGUGAGUCGGAUGGCUGGUCUCCAGAGCCAACCGUCACCUGGAGAGAUAGAAAAGGAACAGAGAUCCAUCAGAACUACAGCAACAUCCACUUCCUCAAAGAUGAGGGGGGUCUGGUGGCAGUGAGCUCCUGGCUGCUCUACAGUCCCUCUGAGGCCGAGUGGCUCUCCUGCGCUGUGGGUCUGUCUGAUCAGGAGAGGAGAGAGAGCAGGGUGGCACUACGCACCACAACCACACACACACCAACACACACCAACGGAGCUUGGAAACACACACUCACUGGUGUGUUAUUUUUCAUAUUAUGUGGUGUGGUGAUAUGGUUUGCUUGGCAACAUAGAAAAGAUGUUGUCAGACUUUUCUCACGUCAGAGGAAACCAACAGCAACUGCAGUUCCUGAUGAAACAAAUGCAGAAUGCAAUGGGUACAGACCAGAGUCAGGCACUAAUGAAGAACAGACACGGUCAGAAACAUCUGCUGCAGCAAAUGAAUGGACACCCCUCAAUGAGUCGAAUAAUGUAGAGUCCAAGGAGGGAGAGAGUCCAGCCUUGGUCAAUGCUGAAACAAACACACAGCCUUCCGAGUCAAAUGAUGUGCAGUCCAAGGAUGGACUAAGUCCAGACCUGGCUGAUUCUGAAACAAACACACAGCCAGACAGCACUGCAGUAGCAGAUGCUACUAAACAAAGGGGGACUACAGUCAUCACCACCUCCGCAGGGGUCAUUGUAAUCAGAAUACCAGAUGUGAACCAGUCAAAAAAACAUUACGUGAAUCUGACUCUGGAUAUGAAGACCGUGCCUUCUUUUCUUAAAGUACAAGAUAAUAAAACUGGCAUCCUCUGCCCUGAUCCACUAAAGGUUUCAGCCACAGAGAUGAGAUUUGCUCAUGCUUUAUGUGAACAGUCUUUCAGCUCAGGGAAGCACUACUGGGAGGUGCAAGUGCAUUAUACUGAUUUUUUUGGUCAUCUUAAGGCAAGGCAGUCGUGGUAUGUGGGGGUGUGCACUAACACAGCAGAACAAACACACAGAGUCUCUUUAACACCACGGAACGGCUUCUGGGUUCUCCAGUAUGAGAAAGGAACUGGACUCUUUGUCAACACUGAACCUCCAACUCCAGUUCCGGUGUCUGAACUAUUUCAGUACCUAGGGGUGUUUCUAGACUGUGAUGAACACACGCUCACCUUUUACAAUUCUGACAGGAAUAUGUGUCUGUGCUGUUUAUUUGUGACACCAAACAAACAACUGAUUCCUCUAAUCAGCUCAGGAGUUAGAGACAAGGAGCCUGUUAAAUUACGCCAAAUACAAUAACUUUUAGACAAACAAGCAUCUCCCCAUACAUCCAGCCAAAUGAUUUGGUACCAAAAAUGCUAAACCCCACCACCAUCCCGUACAGAUCUUUUAAAAUCACAUGUUUUUUAUACAACCAAACUGAAUCCCCUCCAUUGGGAACUACAUCAUUCACGUGCAUAGGGGGGUGGGUGGGGGAGCGGGGGGUAUGGGUGCCUGAGCCCCUGCCCCUUUGCCUACAAAUGUCCAAAGUGCCCUUCUGAGUGACCAUUUAAAUGAUCAAUGAUUCGUAAAAUGACACAUGAACAUUUACAAAAUUAAUGUAUGAAUCAAUUAUUUGAGAAUAAAAAACUGUUUUGCAUUUUUGUUUCUGCGCUGCUGCCGGUAGGUGACGUCAAUGUGACCUUUCAAUUUUGCCUGCCUGCAAGAUGCGCAUGAUAUUGUUGUUGUUUUAAGAGAUGGUGAAAAGCAGGGUAAUUUCAAUACAGACAGUCUGUUUCCAAAACCAUUUAGCUGACGUUGAAAAAUAAACUGUAACAUUUA